AUGGAUCCACCGAAGAAAACUAACAAGAUCAGAGAAAUUGUUAGGCUUCAACAGAUCCUUAAGAAAUGGAGAAGGGUAGCCAGUUCUUCAAAAGCAAGUAGAAAUAACAACAGCAACAAAAGCAUCAACUUUCUGAAAAGAACACUUUCUAUAUCCGAACGUGAGGGAGGUUCCAACAACGUGGUUCCCAAAGGGUAUGUUGCUGUUUGUGUUGGCGUGGACCUUAGCAGGUUCGUUAUACCAACUGAGUAUUUGGGUCAUGGUGCCUUUCACAUGUUACUAAGAGAAGCUGAGGAAGAAUUUGGGUUUGAACAGACUGGUGUUCUGAGGAUUCCUUGUGAAGUGCCUGUGUUUGAGAGUAUCUUGAAGAUAGUGGAGGGUAAGGACAAGUUUUCUACUCAGAAAUGUAGAUUUAGCUUUGAAAAGAUGAUGGGCUAUUGUUCCUCAAACCAACUUGCUUAUUCUCAUCAACCUCAAAGUCCAAUGUGCAGAUAG